AUGAUAAAACUGAUUGUGAUGAUAACUGUUGCAUUGUUUAUCGGUUAUUGUAACUGUCACUGUGAACGUAAGGAAGACGAACUGUUAUCAGUUGUUGGGAUCAGAAACUCGGCUGUCCCUUCUGCCAUUCAUCUGAAUAUAUUGUUUAGGCAUGGCGACAAGACGCCAAAAUUGGAAUAUUUCGACGUAUAUCCUAACAAUCCUUGGAAUAUCCCGAAACUGUGGAAUCACUCGGAUUAUGGAUUCGUUACAACUGCAGGAAAGUUAAACGUCUACAACCGGGGCAAAUGGUUGCGAGAACGCUACAAGCAGUUCCUCCCUGAAAAAUAUUCCGCAAAGAACAUCUUCGUGCAGUCCAGCGACAGUGACAGGGUAUUAGCGUCGGCGCAGCUGCUGCUGGCAGGCCUCUUUCCACCGAAGGGCACAGACGUCUGGAACGACAAUCUCAUGUGGCAGCCGAUCCCCAUUCACUCGGUGCCUGACUACAACGACACGGAAGUGGCGCAGAAGGUGACUUGUUCCAAAUACACGAAGCUUUUGGACAAACAGCUUAAGUCGGAUGUGCACGAAUUCGAGGAUACCAAGUACCUCUCACAAUACAUCGGCAAAGAACUAACGUCCCUGGAGCAGAUCUACAAGUUGUACAAGCUGUUGAGGAUCGUCGAAGAGAACGGGAUGGUUUUGCCGGGGUGGGCACUAAACGCGAUGCCCCUGCUGAAGACAAAAACCGACUUACUCUGCAAAACGUAUUCCCUAACGCUUGAAAUGCAACGGUUCAUGGGUGGGCCUAUCAUUCAUGCUAUGUCUAGCCAUUUCGAUGCCGUCUUGGCAAAAUCGCCGAAUGCCCCAAAGUUGCUGCUAUUCGCUGGACAUUCUAGGACAAUAUCGAACGUACUCAUGGCUCUCAAUGCUUUUAUAGAACAACCGCCCUACACGGCGACCUUACUGUUCGAGCUGAAGAAGAACUGUAAUGGCACGCCCUUCGUGGACAUCUAUUAUCAGACGAAUAAGACCGGUGAUCCCGCAGAAAUUGUAAAAAAUAUGCCAUACAAGACAUUCCAAGACCAUCUGAAUCCGAUCAGCGUGGAUCACUCAACCUGGAGGAAGGAAUGCCGCACGGGAUUCAUCUUCCGCGAAUAAUUACAUUUCAGGGGCAAUUUGAGUGUGCGUCGGGUGACGCAAUAAAAGCAUACGACUGAAAAUUAUAACUUUUAUUUAACAAAAUUGGGGACGAGUAUAUAAGACUGUAGCAUAUAACCCGCAGAGGCAGCACCACCGAGAUAUUUAAGAAAAUAUUAACGUAAUUUUAAAGUACUUUAAGAUCACUUCUGAAGAGUUAAAUGUAAUUCAGUUCAAGGAAAGACUAUUCCACCAGGGAUAUUUG